GGACUUUCUAAAUGGUGUUUGUUAUGAGGCGAUGGCCAGCUGGUAGAUACAUCUAGAAACACCGAUCAUAAGUCUACUAACAGCAGCUUAUCAAUACUGCACCUGGCUCUCUGUCAUGGCAUGCGCUGUGAAUUAGAAGUCUGAGAAGGGUGACUUUGAUUGGCAAAGCUACGAAUUAGGCUGCUUUUAUGGACCUAACUCUUAUCUUUACAUUGACAUCUGUAUCUUUCCACUCUGUUACAUACAUGACUCACAGACGGUACAAGUCUGAAAGAUUUCAGAAUAAUUAACAGGCCCGUGUGACUGUUGCCGAGACAGAUUUUAGGGAAUCCCAAGCUCAGCAUGGAUAUAUUUCCGGGUUGUUGCAGACCCCUGCAAGACUAUUGUAGAAAAACUCAGCUCAGAAACAGUACGCUGUGAUAAUAUUGCAUGCAGUAGCAAGUUUAACAGGAGCCAGGCCGCCACUAUGUCAAAGGAACUGUCAGUGACCCAGACAGCUCAGUAUGUGGGGCCGUAUCGACUCGAAAAGACUCUCGGGAAGGGCCAGACAGGUCUGGUGAAGCUUGGGAUUCACUGCAUCACUAGUCAAAAAGUAGCCAUCAAAAUAGUCAACCGAGAAAAGCUCUCAGAAUCUGUGUUGAUGAAGGUGGAGAGAGAAAUUGCUAUAUUAAAACUGAUCGAACAUCCACACGUGUUGAAACUUCAUGAUGUUUAUGAGAAUAACAAAUACCUGUAUUUGGUAUUGGAGCAUGUUUCUGGUGGAGAGCUGUUUGACUAUUUGGUGAAGAAGGGCCGACUGACGCCUAAAGAGGCACGGAAGUUCUUCAGACAAAUCAUAUCUGCUUUGGACUUCUGUCACAGUCACUCCAUAUGUCAUAGAGACCUAAAGCCAGAAAACCUUCUGCUGGAUGAGAGGAACAAUAUCAGGAUUGCAGACUUUGGCAUGGCCUCACUACAGGUGGGAGACAGUCUGCUAGAGACAAGCUGUGGAUCUCCUCAUUAUGCAUGUCCAGAAGUUAUCAGGGGUGAGAAAUAUGAUGGUCGACGGGCUGAUGUAUGGAGCUGUGGAGUCAUUCUCUUCGCUCUGCUAGUGGGCGCUCUGCCCUUCGACCACGAUAACCUGCGGCAGCUGCUGGAGAAGGUGAAGAGUGGAGUUUUCCACAUGCCCCAUUUCAUCCCACCCGACUGCCAGGCUCUGCUGCGGGGCAUGAUCGAGGUCGACCCUGAGAAAAGAUUCACGCUAGAGGCCAUCCAGACACAUGCCUGGUAUCAAGCUGGACGCAAUGAGCCGUGUCCGGAGCAGCCGCCCCCGAGGCGUGUGUGUAUGGGCCGGAUCAUGUCUCUGACAGAGCUGGACCCGGAUGUGCUGGACAGCAUGUAUUCUCUGGGCUGUUUCAGGGACCGGGUUAAACUGGCCCAAGACCUGCAGUGUGAAGAAGAUAACCAAGAGAAGAUGAUCUAUUAUCUCCUGUUAGACCGUAAAGAGCGCUAUCCCAGCUAUGAGGACGAGGAUCUUCCUCCAAGAAAUGAAAUCGUGCAUUGCAUUCAUGACCCUCCACGGAAGCGUGUAGACUCACCCAUGCUAACCCGUCACGGCCGCUGCCGGCCCGAACGGAAGAGUCUGGAGGUGCUGAGUGUGACGGAGCAGGGCUCUCCAACACCCCCACGCAGAGCGCUGGACACCUCCACGCACAGCCAAAGAUCUCGAUCUGUUAGUGGAGCAUCAACUGGCCUUUCUUCUAGUCCUCUGAGUAGUCCCAGGAGCCCUGUCUUUACCUUCAGCGAGCCAGAGGUAGUUGCCGCCGCCACCAAAGCGGGAAGCGGCAGCACCGUCACUCGUCCCAAUCGAUCGCAUGAACCCAAAACGCAGACGCUUCCAUCUAAAAAUGCACCUGAACGCCCCCAACUCCAGUCCAUGAAGUCCCUCCCCCUGCCCGCCUCCACUUCCCGCUCUCCCUCCCCUUCUCCCCUCUUGUCACCCAUUCCCCGUUUCCUCUUCUUUCCUUCUCCAUCUGCGGUGCUGAAGUCGGUGACUAAAAGCUUGUAUCCCAUGUCUCAGGUCACCCCUCAGGGCUCUCCCCUGCCAACCCCCCUGGGUACCCCUGUGCAUCACCCCCACCCCCCCACCGCUACCCCACCCUCCUCCUCCUCUUCCUCUUCUUCCUCCCGAGCCGAGGGAGGAAAUGUGGGCGUGGGCUCACUCUCCUUGACCCCACCCUCUAGUCCAGGGGGAGGCGGUGGCAUGGCGGCCAGUAGCUCCGCCCACUGGAGGACACGCCUCAACUCACUGAAGAACAACCUGUUGGGGUCGCCGCGGUUCCACCGGCGCAAGCUGCAGGUGCCAACCACAGAGGACAUGUCCAGUUUAACACCAGAAUCCAGCCCAGAGCUGGCUAAAAGGUCCUGGUUUGGGAAUUUCAUCAGUUUGGAGAAAGAAGAGCAGAUUUUUGUGGUCAUCAGAGACAAACCUCUCAGUUCCAUUAAAGCUGAUAUCGUCCAUGCCUUCCUCUCUAUUCCCUCCCUCAGUCACAGCGUAAUCUCUCAGACGAGUUUCCGAGCAGAAUAUAAGACUUCUGGAGGUCCGUCUGUCUUCCAGAAGCCUGUCAAAUUCCAGGUAGACAUCUCCUUCUCUGAGGGGGAAAGAGAGCAGGAGCGGGAGAGAGAGAGGGAUGGACAGAAGGAUUUUGGAAUAUAUAGUGUAACUUUUAGCCUCAUAUCAGGUCCAAGUCGCAGAUUUAGAAGAGUUGUUGAAACGAUUCAAGCCCAGUUGCUCGGCGCUCAUGAUCAGUCCAUGACGCAAACUCUUUCAGCUUUCUUUUGCCUCAUGCCAGAUGAGAAGAACGGUCGCCCUCCCAGAACACCAACACGACAAAACUCCCGGCGGUCCGAGGGCGGAGGCGAUCGGUGUGAAUGGGUGGAGCGCGGCGAGAGUGGGGUUUUACUCCAGCGCAGGGGUUCGGGGAAAGAAAGAACCCGCCUACUUUCCUCCAGUGGAACACAAUCACAGCCCUAAAGGAGAAAUAUUGUGAAUAAUCAGCAACCCAUCAAGAUAUUAGCCAUGAUAUGAGACAAAACUACUCAAACUUUCCUUUUCCCCUUCUCACUUCAGAACAGCAUGAUGGUAAAAUGUGUUUUUAAAGGAGCUUUUUGAAAGCCUAAUGAAACCAAAUACUGAUACACAAACAGUAGACGGCCUCUUUGUGCAAGAACACGGGAUGCAGUGAAGCAAAGAAUCAUCUCCACUGAACAAGAACACUACACACACUUCUGAGAUCCGAGGAACACCUCUGAAAAUGAUUUAAUUGGUCAUCCUGGACAAUGCUUUGAUUUAUGCUGUAUUUUCUCUCAUGUGAUUUGGAUGUAAUGUGCAAAACUUGAGUCUUAAGAGUUUAUAAUGACAUUCGUGGAAGGUUCCGGUUGUGGGUAGCACACCAUCUGUUCCUUACAGUCCUGCUAUCUGUUUCAGCAAUCGAGUAAUUAUAGCUAGCAACAGAGAUCUUAGUCCAAUUAGUCUGAAUUUGUAUCCUCCAAAUCAUGUUUUUAACA